CCAAUGUUGAGUUCAUGAACGUCGAAACUAUGUUUAAACCACUCGUCACGUGUGAAUAAAUACUUUGGAUCGCAAAAAAGGCACUGAAAUUGUUUUUCUUUUCCAACUGCUCUUUCAAUUUGUUGGUCCUUUAGGACUCGUUUUAAGGCGUCCGCUUGUGAUAUUUCAAGGAGUUCUUUUGGAUGAUAUGUUAAAGCUCUAUCGGUUUUUAAAUGGUGGAGGAUUUCAGGAGCGCAUAAAAAAGCAUUCGGACUUAAAGGAGACAAGGGAAUUUCAUGAACCGUUUCCAGGUGAUGAAUUAAUUCUAUAGGGUGAUACCCUUGAGAUUCACAAUCAAAUGGACAGGAGAGCAUUGACGGUGAACCAGAAGGACUUGGAUGCUUGAGAAAGAACGCGAAUAGUAAAAAGUGAAAUCGGCCAAAAUAUCCACGGUAGGUUUUACAAGCCAAAAACUAAUUUUCAUGCACACUUAUCCUUAGAAUUACAAGGGAUCAAGAAGUUUUAGCGGAGAUUUCUGGACAGUUGUCUAUAUUAAGUUGUAGGUGUGAAUUGUAUCUCCUUAAUAGUCUCCUGCGUAAUAUACAAACCUCUUAUAUAUAGCUAAGAUGAUAUCUAGUUAAUUUAAUGCAAAUAUAUAUCGAUACUGCUGUCUUUUCUCGUUUCAAGAGUUUCUUUAGAAAUUUGACGAAUAUUUGUUUACAUGACAUUUAAUGAAUCGGAACGAUGGUGCAAAAAAUGUACCGCUCUACAACGUACUUUGGAAUAUUCAUGUCUCCACUCGUGUGAACAGGAAAAUACGAAGUAAGCCUUUGCGAUAGUGAAUACUGGGAAUGGGCCAAUGCCUUUUACAAGCCAUUGAGAUCCAAGACGUCCUUCAUUACUAAUAAAUAUAUCAUCAAAAUUCAAUUGAGAAAGAAGGAAGGACAUGGAGCUUAUGGCACGCUUUAUAGAGCGAUAUUUACAUUUUGCACCCUCAAAUACGGAACCUCCAGGAACAUUCAUAUGGUUUCUAGGACAUUCUUACAAAAGUGAAGAUAGUCGAUGGCCGGAGGAAUUUUUAUUAGACUCGUUUUCGCUGAUUACAAUUACUUAUCGAUCAGGAAUUGAAGGUUUAGAAAACUUGGCUUCUGAUGCUGGAUGGGGAUGCAUGAUUCGAUCUACUCAAACAUUACUAGCUAAUACUAUUCGAAAAUUAUAUCCGGAAAAGCCUUUUUUUAGUAUUGUGAAUUUGUUUGCUGACGAACCAGCUGCCCCUUUCUCAAUUCAUCAAUUUGUGUCUGUUGGAAAACAAGCCUGUGACAUUCCCCCUGGGCAAUGGUUCGGUCCAAGUGCUUCUAGUGCAUGUGUUUCAAGGCUUUGCGAACAAUACGACGGCCUUGACCUAAAUGUUUACGUAGCCAAGCAUGGUACAAGUGUUUACCGAGACCAACUCUUUCAGAAACCAUUUCCUAUCUUACUUUUAAUUCCUACUAGAUUGGGAAUUGAUGCUGUUAAUGAAAUUUAUUAUGAGCAAAUUCUACGCGUUUUCGAAAUCCCUUCUUUCGUUGGUAUAACUGGUGGUCGACCUAGAUCUGCGCAUUAUUUUUACGCUCGACAAAACCAUCAGCUCUUUUAUCUUGAUCCUCAUUGCACAUUUUCUGCUCAUACAACAACUCAACCCGCCUCUGAGGAUACGUUUCAUACGGCAAGUUUACGACGCAUCUCUCUUCAGGAACUGGAUCCGUGCAUGGUUUUCGGGUUUCUACUUAGAAAUUCCGAUGAAGCUGAAGAAUUUGAACAACAUCAGAAAAAAAUUGCAGAUAUUGUACAAUAUUUCGACGUUGAACCGAAAGUUUUCGAUUCUCAUGAUGACUUUGUGAUGGACGACAACUUUGAUGAUUGCUUCUAAUGCUGAACGAUAACUUAUUCAUGGAUAAUGAUUUUUUAAUGACCCACAAUUUUUAGUUUUCUUAUAGCUAUGCCUUUGUAACUCGACGAUGGCUUUCCUGCGGAAAGCGUACUCUGGAUGAAGUAAUGAAGAUUUCCUUGACUAAUUGAGAAUUUAUUAAGCCUUCACACAUAUUGGUAUUACAUUAAAUUAAACAGAUUUUACGGAAGAACGUCUAAAAUGUUUUAGUCCUGAACAAUUCAUCUUCAAUAUAUGUUAAAUCGAUUAGAGAUUCUUUCUUAUAGGCAUCAUUAUAUAAUUAUUAUUAGAAAGCAUUCAGGAUUUUGUAUACAUUAUUAUUUUUC